AUGGAUUCGUUUCAAUAUACCCUUCCCGACAAUGGCACCGUGGCAGGUGUGCAGAACGUCCCAUCCCCAACACAUCUCGCCCAUCGCCCAUUGAUCAUCGCAAUGCAUGGAGGAUGCUAUGACCACCAAUACUUCGAUGCCGCGCCCAACUUCUCAGCCUCCGUAGCAAGCAAUGCUUUCGGAGUGCCCUUCGCAUCCAUCGAUCGCCCAUCAUACGGCGGGACAAGCUCGAUCUUGCCCGUUCCCGAAAACACCGAUUUCUACGAACGCUCUGCUGUGAUGCUGCAUCAAAAGAUCCUCCCAGAACUCUGGCAGAAGAUCGGCGUACCAAAUAACUGCAAUUGCAUCGUCUUGCUCUGUCACAGCCUGGGUGUAAUGCCGGGAAUCAUCACUGCAGCUUUACACGCACAAGAUGAAAAACCACUAUACCCGCUCGGAGGAUUGAUUGCAAGUGGUAUGGGUGACAAGCAAUCCACAGCAAUGAAAGGCAGUGCGCCUCCAUUCAUCACCAUCGACGAGGACCAUGCACUUUUCCCCGCAGGCUCGAAGGACGGAGUCAUGUUCAAGCCUGGGACCUGUGACGCCAAGAUUCUGGAGCACACUGAGCGCUUGAAUGCUGUAUCGCCGACUUUGGAACUAGGCCAGUUUGCGGCUGCUUGGCUUCCUGUCUGGAAGGAGAAGUGGGCACCGUGCGUCACAACACCGGUGAUGUUUGCUCUUGUUGAUGACGAUCCGUUCUUCGUCGCUACCGAAGAGGAAGUCGAUACAUGCGUCAAGGCAUUUACGAAUAGUGUGCGUGUUGAUGGGAGUUUGCUAAAAGGUGCUCCUCAUUGUGUGGAGUUGAGCCAUUGGUCUCAGGGCUGGUACGCUCGAUGCUUUGGCUUUGCGAUGGAGUGUGCGGCCAGUUUUGAGAAAUAG